AUGGCUGGAACCCCCCAAGAUCGAAGGAAAUUUUACUGUAGAGAAUGGGCUUUUUUAAAACUUGCACAUUGUUUGGAACAGCAACCUCUUUCUAAAACAUGUGGAGCUUUCAUUGUCGGAGGCCCUGGUUCAGGAAAGACAUCUUUCUGUAGCGAAAUAGUAUGGCCAAGUAGUGGUGGAGGUGGACGUCAACAGCGUUCUCUUAGAAGACGUUUGCUAGCAUACCAUUUCUGUCAAGCUCACAAUAUUUCUUCUCUUUCUGUGUCAGAUUUUAUCAGAAAUUUAGUGUCGCAAAUACUUGGUCAAAAUUCCGAGUUUCCUACUAGUCCAAUUUCUAAAAUUCAAAAUGCAUUAAAACCAGAUUUUUUGGAUCGCGAUCCGGAUGAGGCUUUUAAAAAGGGUGUUUUAUUUCCUCUCUUAGAAAUUGAUCCUCCCAAGCAUUCUUUGUUUUUAUUAAUUGAUAGUAUCGAUGAAAAUCAAAUUCAAAAUUCCAGCGGAAGUCAAUUACGUUACGAUAUUAAAUCUGGUGGAAAUGGCAGUAAAACAAUAGCAGAAUUAUUAGCUAAUCAUCAUCAUUUAUUUCCACAAUGGCUGUUAUUAGUUUGCACAGCGAGGAGACAAAGUAAACAUAUAUCUAGAAUGUUUACAGGUUUUAGAAAAUUAUCUUUGGAUGAUUUAAGAAAAUCUCAAGUUGUCAGGGACGUUCAGCAGUAUAUUUUGGCACGUAUUGACUCCGAAGAAUCGUUAAGAAAGCACAUUAGUCGCGACACAGCAGAAAUGUUAAAUCAAUUACAUAUAAAAUCAAACGGAUGUUUUCUUUAUCUGGAAAAAGUUUUAGAUGGCGUAUCGGAAAAUUUUAUCGUUCUCAGAGAAAUCCGCGAAAUUCCCGGUACAAUUAACGGAUUAUAUUUGUGGCUUUGUCAGAGAUUAUUUCAUAGGAAACAUUUUUCCAAAGUUCAACCUUUAUUAAAUGUAAUAUUAGCAGCACGAAAAUUGCUGACAAUUUCGGAAUUAUUCAAUGCCGUCUGGACUUCGAACACUAAUCUUACAAGGCAAGACUUUAGUAAGCGUCUUCACCUUUUAAGAAGAGUUAUUCGAUUGAACAGCGAUGGAACCAUUUUACUCUUUCAUCACAGUUUCGGAGAAUGGUUAUUGGAUGCAAAACACUGUACAAAAAAAUAUUUGUGCUCGGCAGAGGCCGGUCAUGGAAUGUUAGCCAUGUCGUAUUCGCUGAAAGCCAAACAAUUGAGUCCGGAGGACAUACAAAAUUUUGCUUUGCAUUUAACCCGAAUGCCAUUACCCGAUGAAAGUGUUGUUAAUUUCAUUGAAAAAACUCUUAAUUUCGAUUACAACACUAUAUUGGUGUUAUGGCUAAUACAAUCGGGUGCCAACGUGGAAAAUUGUUUAUUGGGUCAAGAGAAGAGCGAAGAAAUAGUACAACAAAUUUACGAAAAGGAGAAUGGAUUGAAAAAGAAAUCGUCGGAUUCUAUGCGGAAAAGAACGAGUAGUUUAAGUAAAAAAGACCAAAGAGUUAAAUUACCCAAAAGCGAUACGAAUAACGAGGGUAAAAAAAAAUACAAGAGUAGAAAACAUUCCAGUCUGAAAAAAAGCCUAGUCCCGAUGGAAAAUCAAUCUUCUUGUCAUUAUGAAAAACUUCCAGAAUGUUACGAAGAGCUUCAAUUCGAACCUUACGGACGGAGGGAUUUAGAUAAGGAGAAAAGGAUAAGCGAAGAUUACGAUCAUUUGGAUUUUGAUGUGAAAAAACCUGAGAAAAAAACGAUCGCUUCGGAAACGAAUGAAAUAUUAGAGAAAUUAACGAACCUGGAUUUAGUUAUUAAAAAAGACGAAACUGGUUUUUUCGAGUCUGAAAAAUCGCCGGAUUUUCUUAAAGAAUUCACCGAGCAAAAUUUUAAAUUUUCACUCGAGUCACCGUCGAAAACUGGCGAAACGAGUUUUCUUAACAUAGGUUCACAAGACAGCGGGUUUUUAAAAUCGGAAGACACUUCUACUUUGGGAUUGGUGAGCAAUGAACAAACGACGGAAAGUAUUUCAGUAUUUGAUGAUAAAAUGAGUGCCGAGCAAUCAAAACAUCAAAUUCCAUUGACGAAGGAAGAAGAACUUGAUAUUUUACUUAACGGACUGGAAAAAUCAUUAAAUGAAGAAUCGGAAAUUUUCAAUACUAGUUUUUUAUCUCAGAUCACUCAGAAAUCGUUGGCGGCUUUGCGAAACGAAAAUUGCGAGGAAGAUGAAUCUCAAAAAAAAAUUAUGGAAAUCGUUACCCUGAAUAUUGAAAAUAUGGAAGUUAAACACGAGAAAAAAAAUGAAUUUUCUUUAGGGCAUUCAAAAAGUGACAAAGCUCAAGGUUUCUCGAAAGAAAGCACGGAAGAAAAUUCUGGAAAAAGAGAAACGGAAGGAUUGAAAGAACCCCUUUUGUCAGAUAUUUUAGAAGUGUUACAAGUUCCAAAGGAUCCUAAAGUUUUAAAAAUUUUGACCGAAGCAGGAGCAAAAGUAUCGAAUUGUAAUUCACUUCAAAAAAAUGAAAAGUCUUCCUCGUUAGAUAAUGGAAUUGAUGUAGCUUCUAGUCAGGUAUCUAGGAAUGUUAGUCCAAAUACAGAACUUCAGGAACUUCUUGCAUCGUGGAAUAAAGAAGCCGAUGUAAGUUCUGUUGAUUCGGUUGGGCGAACCACGAUACAUACUUUAGCAGGAGAAGGAAACGCAACUUUACUUAAUCUAAUAUUAUCAACGUAUCCCGAAACGAAUUUGGAAGUUGAGGAUCGUCACGGUCAGACGGCUUUAAAUUUGGCUGCGCGUCACGGGUACCUCGAUGUCAUAGAGGUAUUACUUACGGCCGGUGCGGAUUGCAAUCAUUCUGAUUGUGAAGGUUGGACUGCGUUGCGGGCUGCUGCUUGGGGAGGUCAUACGCCGGUCGUAGAAUUAUUGUUAAAACAUGGCGCAGAUGUUGAUGUAGCUGAUUCUGAUCAAAGGACUGCGUUGAGGGCUGCUGCAUGGGGCGGACACGAAGAUAUCGUAGAAUUGUUAGUCGCCCACAAAGCGAAUGUUAAUCAAACGGACGAUGAAGGUAGAACCGCAUUAAUAGCUGCUUCUUACAUGGGUCACAGCGAAAUCGUUGAACAUUUGUUAGACAACGGAGCUGAAAUAGAUCAUCAGGAUGCUGAUGGUCGCACGGCAUUAAGUGUUGCCGCUUUGUACGUUCCCAAUAACGAAGGUUACGCCAAAGUUGUAAAUAUUUUAUUAGAAAAGGGUGCUUCGGUCGAUCACCAAGAUAAAGAUGGUAUGACUCCACUUUUAGUUGCUGCUUUCGAAGGCCAUAGGGAUGUUUGCGAAUUAUUAUUGGAAUAUGAAGCCGAUGUUGAUCAUUCAGACAAUUCUGGUAGAACUCCUUUGUGGGCUGCUGCCAGUAUGGGACACUCAUCCGUCGUAGAGUUACUUCUUUUUUGGGGUUGUUACGUCGAUAGUAUAGAUAACGAAGGCAGAACAGUGUUGUCUAUAGCUGCAGCUCAAGGAAACACAGACGUUGUACGUCAGCUGUUAGAUAGAGGUUUGGAUGAACAACACCGUGAUAAUUCGGGUUGGACACCGCUACACUACGCCACUUUUGAAGGUCAUAUUGAAGUAUGCGAAGCUCUUCUUGAGGCUGGAGCAAAAGUCGACGAGCCUGAUAACGAUGGAAAAGGUCCCUUAAUGUUAGCUGCUCAAGAAGGGCAUGGUCUUUUAGUUGAAACUUUACUAAGAGUACACAAUGCUCCUCCGGAUCAAAGAGCUCACGAUGGAAAGACAGCUUUGAGAUUAGCCGCACUAGAGGGUCAUUACGAUGUAGUCCGAAUUUUAUUAAAUUAUGGAGCAGAUGUUAAUAUUAAAGAUGCGGAUGGAAGGAGCACUUUGUAUAUUUUAGCAUUGGAAAAUAGACUGCCAAUGGCUAGGUAUAUUUUAGAGCAUGGAAAGGCGGAUGUAGAGAGUAAAGACUCUGAGGGAAGAACACCAGUUCACGUUAGCGCGUGGCAAGGUCAUGCUGAAAUGGUAUCUCUUUUACUUUCUUCUGGUAGAGCUGAUGUAAAUGCAACCGAUAACGAAAAUAGAACUGCUUUACAUUCGGCUAGUUGGCAGGGUCAUGCACCUAUCGUCAAAAUUCUUUUAGAUCACGGAGCAACUCCCGACCACACCUGCAACCAAGGAGCCACAGCUUUGGGUAUUGCUGCUCAAGAAGGUCACGAAGCAUGCGUUAAAGCUUUACUUCAACACGGAGCAGAUCCAUCUCAUUCUGACAGGUGCGGUAGAAAUGCUUUUAAAGUGGCAGCUAAAAGUGGACAUGGCGGAGUCGUCAAAUUACUAGAAGAGUAUACUUUUAACAUUAAACAUAAACCCCUAGCAAACGAAAUUAAGCAACUAAUUGUGCCUCAAGUGGAUGCUACAUCGGCUCCUAAAUAUUCACCGGUGGAAUCUCCAGAGUCUACUGUCCAUCGACAAUCCCUCGUUUCUUUAGGUAAUCGUUCCAAUCAUUCUAAGUCAAGUUCCAAUUUUACAAAUAGCACUAAAAGUUCACAAGAACCUAGCUCUUCUGCGACUCAUAAUUCUCAGGGUUGUUUAUCAUUCACUCAACAACUUCAGCAGUGUAGGAGAAGCAAUAAAACGAGACCUCUGUCUAAAGUUUUGUCACCUUUAGAAAGCGAAGAUGUUUCUCCCAUAUACGCUUCACCCCCUCACAGUCCUCUGAGCGAUAUUAACAGUCCGUGCGAAGAAAUAAAAUCUCAACCCAAUGCUGAUAUGCAUUUUGCCAGGGAUACACAUAUGAGAAUUAUAUUAGGAAAUGCAAGAUUCGAUUCCGGCGGCCAUCUUGGUUCCAAACCCAAGAGAAACGGCAUCGUGACGAAUCCCGCACUCAGACUGAUGUCGAACGUUAAAAACGGAUUGGAAUGCGCGGCGGAGAGAAUUCAAAAAACGAGGCAAGAAGUGUCGAAAUUUAAUCACUCCAAAUUAAAUUCAUCCAACAAAUCAAACGGAUAUCAUUGGAAAAAGGAGACUCCGCUGUAA